GUUUCAGUUUUGAAACGACGAUUUUCAUUGGAUGAAAUAAUUAACCGGAAGUGGAGUUUGUAAACAUUGUCUCAUGAAUGAAUUUCAUUAAAAAAAUGUGUUUUAGUGAAAUAGUUAUGUUCAGCCAAACUUUUUGGUGCUAAGCCGAAAUGGAAUGGAUGAUAAGUUACUAACCAAUGGAAAUCAGGAUGAAGUUAAAGCCCCUCCUACUUAUGACUUUGAUUGGAGCUUUGGUAGUUGCAGUAAUAGGUUUCAGUUUAUGGUCAUACACGUCCAGUGAAGACAUUAGUGAUCCAAACCAUUUGUUUUUGAGGUCUGACAACAGUAAAACAUUAGAAUUAACAACAUCCAGCCCUGGUGCUUCUCCUCGAGAUACCAGAUGUACCUACCAUACCUGUUUUGAUGUGUACCACUGUGGGUACAAUGACAAGACCAGAAUAAGUGUGUAUAUUUAUCCUGUCAAUGAGUAUGUGGACCAGGCAGGUAAUGCCAUCACUUUGCCCUUGUCUAAGGAGUUCUAUGAGAUGUUAGAAGCCAUUGCUGACAGCCCAUACUAUACAAAUGAUCCUGAGAUGGCCUGCUUGAUAGUACCUUCUGUUGAUCUCUUGAACCAGAAUAGCAUCAGAUUGAGAGAAGUUGGACAAAUAUUAGCUUCAUUGCCAUGGUGGAAUAAUGGUAAUAAUCAUCUGCUGUUCAACAUGUUACCUGGGAGUUCCCCAGAUUACAGUACCGUGUUAGAGGUGGACACAGGGAAAGCUGUCAUUGCUGGAGGAGGGUUUUCUACCUGGUCAUACCGUAGAACAUUUGAUGUCUCAAUACCUAUAUAUAAUCCUCUUAUCCAACUUGAUAAAAUGCCUCAAAAAUCAUAUCUAGAGAAGAGAAGAUACUUGGUGAUAUCUUCACAGACCAGUCUGCAUAAAGAAUACAGAGAUGUUUUACAUGACAUAGAGAAAGAGGAACCAAGAUUUUUAUUUAUUCAGAAAUGUCCGACUGAUGAACGGCCAUGGAAUUUCUCCAGACGUUGUAAACAAAAUGUGGCCUAUGACUACCCUCAAAUUCUCCAGGACUCUACAUUUUGUUUGGUAAUAAGAGGAGCUAGGAUUGGCCAACCAGCUUUGUUUGAUGUGAUGUCAGCAGGCUGUAUUCCGGUCAUUGUAGCUGAUGGGUAUAUUCUACCGUUCUCAGAAGUUCUGGACUGGAAAAGAAUAGCUGUGACUGUUUUAGAAGAUGAAUUAGAGAACAUGAUACAGAUAUUAGAAUCCUAUUCUCAAGAAAAGAUAUACGAACUACGACAACAAGUUAACUUUAUAUGGCAGAAAUACUUCAGUUCACCAAAGGUUAUUGCCUUGACAACAUUACAGAUCAUUAAUGACAGAGUUUUUCCUUAUGCAGGAAAGUCGUAUGAAGACUGGAAUGACAUUCCAAAUACGAGAACACUAAAGAAUCCAUUAUUCCUACCAUUACGACCUCCCAGUGCUCAAGGAUUUACAUACUCUUUCCCUUACAGAGAACACUUAAGAAUCCAUUAUUCCUACCAUUACGACCUCCCAGUGCUCAAGGAUUUACAUACUCUUUCCCUUACAGAGAACACUAAAGAAUCCAUUAUUCCUACCAUUACGACCUCCCAGUGCUCAAGGAUUUACAUACUCUUUCCCUUACAGAGAACACUAAAGAAUCCAUUAUUCCUACCAUUACGACCUCCCAGUGCUCAAGGAUUUACAUACUCUACCCUGAAUGGUAAUAUUUUUGUGGUACAAAUGUGUCCUAAUCCAAGAGUAGUUGUAUUAGGUCACGGAGAUGUCAUCAAUAAGUACACCGGACAUCCUCUCAUCAACUGUGACAUCACGUUCGACCCAGAGACAGUAAUCACCACACCAAUGGACAAUGUUAUUGUAGCUGACAAUGGCAGUAAUACAUUACACAUAUUAGACAACAAUGGUCAUCUACUGACCACAUACAAAACUUCAGAGAUAGGUAUAUAUAAUCCAAGAUCUCUAGCCAUCACUAUGGAAGGAAACUUUGCAGUGUUAUAUAUAGGAUGUGAUAUGUCAAAUGAAGAAAGUUCUGACACUGGAAAGCUAUAUAGUAAUAAUUAUAUUUUUUACCUAGUUGGCGCUUAUGUUCCUAACUCUGGUAAAGGCCUUGUCAGACUGAAAUACAGAACAAAGGAAUGGGAUGUAGCCUUCAGAGACUAUAUGAAAGGGUUAGAUGCCAAGAAGCCAGUUAUAUAUUGUGGAGAUUUAAAUGUAGCUCACCAGGAAACAGAUCUCAAGAAUCCAAAAACAAACAGAAACAAAACCCCAGGUUUCCAUGACGACGAGAGACAAGGAUUUACAGACUUGUUAGCUGAGGGAUUCUUUGACUCUUUCAGAGAAUUGUACCCUAAUGCCCGGGAAUGUUUGUCCUUCUGGACAUAUAUGAUGAAUGCAAGAGCUAAAAAUGUGGGAUGGAGGUUGGACUACUUUGUGUUAUCAGACAGAUUAAAGAAAGAUUUGUGUGAGCAUGCUAUACAACAGGAUGUCAUGGGGAGUGAUCAUUGUCCUAUUGUCCUACAGAUGGCGCUCUAAAGUCAAAAGUCAAGCAGUAAUUUUGUGAAUGAAGUGCAAAAUGUUAGAAUGAAAUGUUGUACAAAUGUAGAACCUUUUUUUUCAAUAGAAAUAGUAAAAAUUAUUAUGAAUGACAUAUUGUGUUGUGUAUGAAAUUUAAAUGAGUUUGACAUUUUCAAAUAUUAAACCGAAAAACUAAAUAUGAAAUAAGCUGUCGUCUGCUAGCCAACUAUAUCACUGCAAGAUGUUUGUACACAGAUAAUUUUAUUUUUAAAACAAAUGUUUAAUAUGAAAGCCUGCAGUAGGAUUGGUUUUUAUAAAUCUUUCAAAUUUAUUUUUAUUGACCAAUGUAAGAUUGUUUUUAAGAUUUAUGCCAUGUUUUUAUUGAAAUCUGUUUUUUACAUAAUAAUAAUGGUGUUUUUUCAUAAAAUGGUUCAUAAUAAAUUCACUUAAAUUUUCUUUUUACAGAUGAUUAUCAAAUAUAGACUUUCAUAGUCGGAUUAUUUAAGGUUUUAUACAUAUGGUCUAGAUGAGAUAUACUAUACACAAUCAUAAACAGUGCAAUAUAUUUUGACUUUUUAACAGUAAUUAGUAUUUGAAAAAAGUCUGUAUCAUAAACAUGACUCACAGGUUAAAAUUUAAGAAAUUUUCUCGAACACAAUAGAUCAUAAAUAUACAUGACAAAGGUUAUUGCAUUUUAGUGUUAUCAUCAUAGAAUAAACUUUUAUUGUGAAUCUGAAUGUAAUGUAGAUCAUUUUGUAGAUUUUUCAUUAAACUUCAUCAUUUGUU